CGCCUGGGGGGGCGGGGUUGGGCGCCGCCGCGGUGCGCAGGCGCAGCCGUCGGUGGGUCGGGGUUCGGCGGCCUGAGCGAUAGAAUUAGCCAAUGUGCCUGAGAGGGGGACAACUGCAGGGUCCUGUCUGGGCAGCCCCAGCCCUCAUGCUCUUGGCUGGGGUCUGCAGCUCCUGAAAACCUCCGGGCAUCGUCUCUUCCUGUCUCAAGAUGGAUAACAAGAAGCGCCUGGCCUUCGCCAUCAUCCGCUUCCUGCACGACCAGCUGCGGCACGGGGGACUCUCGUCCGAUGCCCAGGAGAGCUUGGAAGUGGCAAUCCAGUGCUUGGAGACCGCUUUCGGGGUGACAGUGGAAGACAGUGACCUCGCACUCCCUCAGACUCUUCCAGAAAUAUUUGAAGCUGCUGCCGCUGCGUGCAAGGAGAUGCCACAGAGCCUGAGCCCCGAGCAAACCCCGCCUUCUGAGGAGGACGUGGCCGAGGCAGAGCGCCUCAAAACCGAAGGAAACGAGCAGAUGAAAGUGGAGAACUUCGAGGCCGCCGUGCACUUCUACGGGAAAGCCAUUGAGCUCAACCCCGCCAACGCUGUCUACUUCUGUAACAGAGCUGCGGCCUACAGCAAACUCGGCAACUAUGCCGGGGCCGUGCAGGACUGCGAGCGAGCCAUCUGCAUAGACCCGUCCUACAGCAAAGCCUACGGCAGGAUGGGCCUGGCGCUCUCCAGUUUGAACAAGCACACGAAGGCCGUGGCCUACUAUAGGAAGGCCCUAGAGCUGGACCCCGACAACGAGACGUACAAGUCUAACCUCAAGAUCGCAGAAGUGAAGCUCAGGGAGGCACCCAGUCCCACAGGAGGGGUCGGCAGCUUCGACAUUGCGGGCCUGCUGAACAAUCCCGGCUUCAUGAGCAUGGCAUCAAACCUGAUGAACAACCCUCAAGUUCAGCAGCUCAUGUCUGGGAUGAUUUCUGGAGGCCACAACCCCCUGGGGACUCCCGGCACCAGCCCCUCGCAGAAUGACCUGGCCAGUCUCAUCCAGGCGGGUCAGCAGUUCGCUCAGCAGAUGCAGCAGCAGAACCCAGAGCUGAUCGAGCAGCUUCGAAGUCAGAUCCGAAGUCGGACGCCUAGUGCCAGCAACGAUGAACAGCAGGAGUGACCACCCACCCAUCCCAACGCCAUCAGGUCCUUCCCAGCCGACUAGAAGCCUCCGCGCAUUCUGCCCUUUUCUCCUAUUGGACUGCCUGAGAGAGAAAAAGAAAAAGAAAUUGGACCUGCAUGUUCAGAGGAUUUUUACGAUUUUUUUCCCCCCCUCGCCCUCCCUUCCCUUUUUGUACUCACGGCUCCCAGACCCUUCUCGAAACAGAACCAGCAAGCUGUGAACACAGACCAGCACCAAUCUCCCCGCUGGCCCCCCAAAAAGUAUUUUCUAGAAUAUUCUGGAGUGGGAAUGGGCCUCGAGCCGCUUUCUGACAAGCAGCCAGUUUUAUGUCCAGCCACAUCCAGAGCGCCUUCCUUGGCCCCCACCCCCUUGGUCUGUCUUCAAGGGGCCUCCCCAGCCGGUGAGAAGCCACUUUCUGAGUUGACCUUGGCUACCUGGCCAUGCCCUGCUCAGACGAGCUCACUGCCAGCCUUGGUCUGGGUGCCCGCACCCGCCAGGCCCUUGGACCCAAGUUCUUGCAUGAGGGACUCCAGAUGCAGACUCCUGGAAGACAUGUUCAUUGCCCUGUGCCCGGCAGGAGCGAGAGUGGGACCGUGGGACCGUCCCGGAGUGCAGGACCAGCUCCGGGGACUGCUUCCCAUCAAGCGUCUGGAUGGACGCACAUCUCACCCUCCAUUCGUCCUUCCCUGGUAUUCACGCUCCACAGCCCAUGAGGAGCGUGAUUGUGACCUUCGGGCCUGGCCUCCACGCCAUCCUGGCCUGCCUGUGUGUCCAGCCCCAGUGGGCACCCCUGCUGUUCUGGGGCCCUGGUGCCACCCGCUUCGGCCUUCAAUUGCUGAGCAGCCAAGAGCUGCCUCCUGGGAGGGCAAGCACUCAAGCCCAGGCCAGGCAGCCUGCCCAGGACUCGAGUCCUCCGUGGAUGUCCACACAGCCCCUGCUUGGACAGGAGCUUGGUGGGGAGAUUGGCCAGCCCCCCGUACCGGCAGCAGUGUUGGAGGCUCCCUGAUGGUCUGCGAGGUCGACCCCGUGCUAUGUGUGUUAUAGGAAACUAGUAGGAAGGGCCACCACCAGCAGUGAUCACUGGCCAGGGAGGUGGCCCUGACUCUUGAGUGCUAGUCGUGGUGAUGAGCGUAACGUGGGGAAUAAACAGACAUCGUGACCUC